AUGUAUUAUUUCAACACUGAAACCAUUGAUCUUGUUUCAACAGACUACAAAGCACAUAAGAUUUGGUGGGAAGAUGGAAAAGCUGAUGACAGAUGUAAAAUAGAUACCAAUGGCUGUCCUUACAUUAUUCUGGGAUAUGAUGUUAGAGAAUGUCAGCAUGGUCCUGACCGAAACAUCAAAAAGAAGAUCCAAUAUAAAGCAGAAAAAGAAGAAAAGUCGAAAACUGACCCUAGCUAUGUUAUGAAAGGCAGGACUCUGAUUCAAAACACUAAAAAGAUGAUAUGUCCUGCUAGGAUAACCCAGAGACGCAUUAUUAAAUUUCCAGGAUACAGGUUAGAAAAUAGUUCAAGUAAAUGGAGAAGGAAGCAGACUGCACAAACUCUUCGCAAAGCUUUGGAUGAGUCAUCUGUAGAUGUUGUGAAAGAAGAAGAAAUCCACAUGUAUUAUCCAACUGCAGAUGACCAUAAAAACCAUACAAUAGGAGAGUUUGCUGGACUUUGUCAACCAGUUGGACCAGAAGUUAAGGCAAAAAUUAGACAACUGGUUGGAGAUGGGGUGACAAAAGUGUCAGAGAUGAAGCGACAUUUAAAAGUCUUUGUUAAAAAAGAACUAGAAAUUGAGGACCAGACCAUACCUAGCCGUCGGUUUUAUCCAACGGACAAAGACAUCAGGAACCAUAUGGAUACAACAAAAAACAAAUUCAGAUUUUCCAAAGAUGAUCAGACUAAUCUUGAACAUUUAGUUCAAGGAUGGACAAAGACAUUUCCAGAUGAUAAUUUUUUUUUAAGAACAUGCUUACAUGGACCAGAGGAUAGAACAUCUGAUGAAAAGUUUGUAUUUGUUCACCAGAGCAGAUGGCAAAAAAGACUGUUGAAUUUAUAUGGCAAAGAAAUUUGUUUUCUUGAUGCAACAUACAAUAGAUCAAAGUAUGAUUUGCCACUGUUUUUCAUUUGUGUAAACACCAAUGUAGGGUAUAUAAAUGUUGCAACAUUCAUAACAGCAGAUGAACUUGCAGAAUCUAUCAAAGAAGCACUACAAAAAAUCAUGCAGUGGAAUGAAGACUGGAACCCUCCUUAUUUUAUGACUGAUAAUGAUUCCUGUGAAAUAUCAGCUAUAGAAGAAUCAUUACCAGUGUAUGCAAAUGAAUUAACUGGUGUGGAGAUUGAUGAAAUACAAGUUCUAGAACGAGUUAAGGGGAUAUGGGAUCAGGAGGAAGAAACUGGUUAUAUAGUUGCUAAAGUUUUCAACAUCAAUAUAACAGAUGGUGAUAUUAGAUCCCUUAGAGAUAAACACUGGCUUACAGAUCAGGUCAUGGAUGCUUACCUAGGAUGCCUUGCCAACUGGGAAAAUGACCAGCAUAGAAAAGUAUUUCAAAUUCCAACAGCUGCAAUGACCAAAAUACUGAACGGAGAGUGUUCCAUUAACACAACUUUACAAAAUGUACAUCUGAUGGAUUAUGACAUUCUCCUUGGUGCUUACUAUCAAGAUGGAGCUCACUGGGAUCUUAUGAUAAUUGAACCUAUGACUGGGAGCCUAUACUUUUAUAAUCCCUUGGGGGAAAGCGCAGGUCAAAAGAAUAAUAUUCUGCUGAACUGGAGAAUGUUUAUAGAGAGAAGAAUCAUGAUUGGAUUAGAGAUAGAUAAAAACAUGGCUUGGAAUACGAUUCCCAAACAACAUUCUAAACAACAUGAUGGAAGUAGUUGUGGUGUUUAUGUCUUAACGUUUGCAGAACGACAUUUAAGAAAUGAACAACUAACUGAUAUUGGUCAAUAUGAAAUCAAGUUGGGUAGGAAAAGAAUAGCCAAUAAACUUUUAUGGUUUGAAGUUUAUCUAUGUGAUUGCUGUCCUGUCUGUGGAUUCAUGAUUCAGGAUGAUCAAGAAAUGGAAAAAUGUAGGCUGUGCAAAAGAAGUUUCCAUAAGACACCAUUUUGCAUGGGAGACCAACACCAUUUACAAGCAGAUAGAUUUGAAUGCAGACAAUGCCUUGUCAAUACCUGGACAAAGGAAAAUAGCUGCCAAAAUGCCUUGAAAAGUGGAAAACGAAAAUCGGAACAGAAUCUGACAGCAGAAGUCACAAUGGAUAAAAUUAGUAAACAAGACCAGAAAUCACCAAUUGAAGUAUGUUUAGAUAUUCUUCAAAGUAAUGGUUUCCAUGAAGAUGCAUGCACUACCUUCAUUCACAACUUAUCAUGCAUUGAUUGGCACAUAAGCUGGGAAUCUAUUGUUGAAAUAUUUGCCAAAGUGAGGACAUGUGUACCAGAUGUUGCUGACAACAUUAUCACCUGCUCAAAAUCUAGAUCUCUAGGUCAUUUUGGAGAUGGAUAUAUAGACUACAUUCCCUUGAAGUUUAAAAGGGAUCACAUUUUUCCUGCAGACAUGGAAGGAAGUGGCACAUGGACCUUAUUUAGAUCUGUGUCCAUUUUGUUUUAUGGUGAUGAAUCACAUAUGCAAUUUGCAAGGCUUCUUACCAUCUGUAAUGAAAUUAUAGAAAUAGGAAAGGGCUGUGAUUCAGAUGACCACCAAAAGGAUCUAAUCCUGGAGGAGAUGAAAAAAGAAUUUGACUCCCCUUGUUGUGACAUGGAAGAUGAAUUGGCUUUAUAUCACCUGAUGCGUAUACCAAAUGCACUUAAUCUGAAUAUACAAAUACUCAAAGAAGGAGCAUCUGUUUAUUAUGAAGGGCAAAAUGGCAAAAGAUCAAUAAGCAUUUUGGCUCUUCAAAAAGUAGGAGAUCUAUGUUUAUCCUUUCUCCCUUUCAUGGAAGGAAUUUUCCUGAAUGACAGAAAGAUAUCCGACCAUAAAGAUAAAUGUGGUGCAGGAGUAUUUUGUCAGGGAAAUUCACUAUAUAAAAAGUGCUUAAAAUGUUUCCAGACAUAUCAUUCAAGUUGUAUUAUAUCUCAUGAGGAAGCAUUUGUAUGUGGAUGUCAUAUCCGACGACCAUAUCAUCCAAAAGACCUCAAUAUAUACAAGGAUGAAGUGAGGUUCAUUGAAACUCUGGAUAUGGUAGAUAUAAAGAAAUUAUGUAACAAGAUUAGAAGAACAGAGUUGCCUUCUUUUCGUUGGAAUGUUUUCAGACAGUUCAAUUCUAAGAAAAGAAAAGAUGUGAAAACGUUGAACUGCCUUCAAUUCAUUCCUUCUGAAAAUAUAUAUAUUGAACUGAGGAAUAAGAUCAGCAGUAAAGGGGCUGUAAAAGAAAAUGAUGAGAAGCUACUUGAUGUCUUUUUACCAGAGGUGAUGGUAAGCUUUGUUAUGAUGGUGGAAGGUCUGAACAGAUUUCAGUCUGAGCUGUUCUUGCGUACAGAUAUUCACAAAUUGAUACAACCUAGUAGUGAAUGAGUUUACACAAGAUAUUUGAAGAAAACAAAUAAGUCGAUUUAUUAUUGAUGAUUUACCAAUGUUUUCAUAUAUAGAUAAAAUAUUGUGAGAUGAAAGAUAUUGUAGUAAAUUGAGCGUUAAUUUUGCUUGUAUAAACAUGGUUGUCCUUACCGAAGUGUGAAUUAUGUGCUUUGUCUUAAGCUUGUCAAUAUUAUUAACAAUAGUGUCUUGAAAACCUAUGUUAUAUCUUUUUGACUUUUGGUAGUUCAAAGUAAGUCAGCAUCAACAUGAUCAAGCUAUUAAAAUGUUGGGGUAACUAUGAAUUUAUGGUGCACAACAUGUGUAUUGAAAAACUUACAAUUACUUCUAGGGCGAGUUAGGGAGAAGUCCAAAAAAUAAGUGUAAUUCCAGAUAAGUUCUAAGAUUACACAACUUUUUCAUCCAGUUGAAACUAUCUAGGCCCCUGUUAAAACAUUGCACCAUGAAUGAUACUUUUAAAUGAGACCUGUUUAAACUACCGUAAAAAUUUAAACAAACAAUUUUUACUUCAAUUUUAAUUUCGAAAAAGUGGAUCAUACUUUAUCAAUGUUUCUUACUGAUCGCUUUCUAAAGUUUUUCCUCUCUCAGCUCACUACUGCUGAUGACCUUUAUUUUCGGAGGCCUGACCCAAACAGGAAGUUGUAUAAAUGACUGUUUUCCCCGGAUUGGAGUAAAUAGGGUUAAUGUGUAUAUUUUGCUUUCAUUAAGUGAUGUUUAUAUGA